CAGACCUGUAGUUUAUAUUUGAUGUUAAAGAUAAAUCUGCUAAAAUAAUGUUUGUUAUAUUAUUCGUGUUUCAAAUUUUACUAACAAUUUUUGUGGAAGCUCAAAACAUUGUAGUUGAAAUUCCAAAUGGAGCGAUACAAGGAAGAAAAGAAUACUCAUUGAGGAAGACAAAAACAUCAUUCUAUGCUUUUCAGCAAAUACCUUAUGGAAAACCACCUAUUGGGAAUCUACGUUUUGCGGAUCCUGAACCAGCUGAAAAAUGGGACGGAAUACUUGAUGCUACCAAAAAUACAAAAAUAUGUUACCAGCAGAGCAAUAUGUAUAACGUUCCGAAUCUCGUGGAACUGGAAAACGAAGAUUGCCUAUACCUAAAUGUGUAUACUCCAAGAGAACCAUCUCAAAAUAAUGCACUACCUGUAAUGUUUUUCUUCUUUGGGGGAGGAUUUGUAAAUGGAGCAGGAAACUUCGACUUCUUUGGACCUCAUUAUCUGAUGGAGCAUGAUGUGAUUGUUGUGACAAUUAACUAUCGUGUUGGGCCUUUUGGCUUUCUUACCACUGGAGAUACAACGAUAGCUGGCAAUUAUGGACUAAAAGACCAACUGUUGGCACUUAAAUGGGUAAGAGAUAAUAUCAAAUAUUUCGGUGGAGAUGCAAGCAAGGUAACGAUUUUUGGACAAAGUGCUGGAGCCGCAUCAGUAACCUUUCAUUUGAUGAGCAAGCAGUCUGAAGGUCUAUUUAGGGCAGCCAUUGCUCAAAGUGGUUCCAUCUUGUGCCCAUGGGCGUAUCAAAGGGAAUAUCGUGAUAUGGCUUACAAACUGGCUAGUGGCUUAGAUCCUAGUUUUAAAAAUACCAGCUCUCCACAAGAAUUACUAGAUCUUUUAAGGGGAAAAUCAGCUGCAGAGAUUAAUACAGUAGCAAGUAGCUUUAAGCAAGCUAUUGGUAAUGAGCAGGUUGUCCAGGGAUUCUGGUUUGCUCCAGCCAUUGAACCUGAGCACGAAAAUGCAUUUAUCACAGAAUAUCAGUACGAUGCUAUUUCAAAGGGGCAUAUGAACAAAGUUCCUUUAAUGAUCGGUAUAUGCUCUGAAGAAUCCAUUGCAAGAGCCUCGGCCGACAACUUUUUGUCUAUUGUCAGACAAUACGAGCAUGAUGUUAGUACAUUAGUUAAUAGAAAUAUGCAUCUAUCUGAUCCGGUUCUUAAGAAACAAGCUGGAGAAGCAAUAAGAGAUAUAUACACAGAUGGAUUACUUCAAAAUAAUCCUGGAAAAGCUGUUAGGUAUUUCAGUGAUACAUCCUUCACAAGAGGUAUAAUCCACCAUGCUCAAUUACAGUCACAAUUUAGUGAUGUAUACUUCUAUCAAUUUUCUUACCAUGGACAAAUUGGUGGAAACAGACCAAAUCUUCCAGGAGCUUACAGAGUUGGACACGCUGAAGAUAACCAUUACUUAUGGGUUUCCUCUAAUCAUUCUUACCUAGAUAGAUAUCCUGAGUUGGAUAUCAAAACGAGUGACAGAUAUAGAACUCUGUUUACGAAUUUUGCUAAAUAUCUGAACCCUACACCAGAACCAAGUGAACUAUUGGAUAAUAUCACAUGGCCUACAGUAAAGCCUGAUGACUUUCAGUAUCUAGAUAUAAACGAAACCAUCACGUUGCAAAGAAAUCCAAAGAACGAUGUUUAUCCAAAAUGGGUCAACUUAUACGAAGAAAUGGCUGUCAAACCUUAUGAUACAUUUUAAUCAAAUAAAAAUAUAAAUAAAGAUGUUUAUUAUA